AUGGCGCCCUAUUUUGGCCUGCGAGGCUCGCAAUUGCAUCGUGCCAUCAUGUGGCUCGUGGUUUGCCCGGCCUUUGUGUGCUAUGGCUACAACCAGGCCGUCACGGGGGGUCUCCUCACCCUCCAGUCGUUUGCCGACACCUUUCCGCAGAUGAACACGCUCACCACGACGGGCGCCCAGCAGAACCACAACUCGACGAUCCAGGGCACGGUCAUCGCGCUCUACACCGUUGGUGGCAUCUUCGGAUCUCUGUCCUGCAUCUACCUGGGCGAUCUCUUAGGUCGCCGACGAGUCAUCUUCCUCGCAUCGGCCGUUUCGAUGGUUGGGGCCAUUCUCAUGGCCACCUCCUUCGGGCUGGCGCAAUUCAUCGUCGCUCGACUGGUCUUGGGACUGGGGACGGGCGGCUACGUGGCCACCGUGCCGGUGUGGCAGGCGGAGAUCUCGCCCUCCAGCCAGCGAGGCGCCCAUGUGGUGACCGAUGGGAUCUUCAUCGGCGCCGGGAUCACCCUGUCGCUCUGGAUUGACUUUGGAUUCUACUUUGUGACGGGGAGUUCGGUGUCGUGGCGAUUCCCGCUCGCCCUCCAGGUGGUGCUGUCGCUGAUGGUGAUGGCCUUUGUCGGCUUCCUGCCCGAGUCGCCGCGGUGGCUGCUCAUGCGCGGCCGCUCCGCGGAAGCCCGCGAGAUCCUGGCGGCGCUGGCCGACGCCGCCCCCGAGGAGGCGGCGAUCACGCUGGCCAUGCGCGACAUGGAGCGGUCGCUGGCGCUGACGGGCUCCGGCUCCUGGAAGGAUCUCGUGCGGAUGGGGCGGCAGCGUCUGUUCCACCGCGCGGUGCUGGCGGCCACGGGCCAGAUGUUCCAGCAGAUGUCGGGGAUCAACCUCAUCACCUUCUACGCGACCACGAUCUUCCAACAGUACCUGGGCUUAGACGCGGUGCAGUCGCGCGUUCUGGCGGCGGCGAUGUGCCUGACGCAGCCGCUGGGCGGGUUUCUCGCCUUCUUCACGAUUGACCGCCUCGGACGCCGGGUGCUGAUGCUGUGGAGCGCGGCGGGGAUGUCGGUGUCGAUGGCGAUUCUGGCGGGCACUACCUCGCUGCCCAACCACACGGGGGCGCUGGUCGUGGCGGUGAUCUUCCUGUUUGUGUUCGAGUUCAUCUUCACGGUGGGCUACUCGGGGCUGACCUUCCUGUACGCGACCGAGGUGGCGCCGCUGCAGCUGCGGGCGGCCAUCAGCGCCGUGUCGACGGCGGCCGUGUGGACGUUCAACUUCCUGCUCGCCGAGGUCACCCCGGUGGGCUUCGACACGAUCUCGUAUCGGUACUACAUCAUCUUUGCGGUGCUGAACGCGGCGAUUGUGCCCACGGUGUAUUUCUUUUUCCCCGAGACCAACGGCCGGUCGCUGGAGGAGAUUGAUGAGAUUUUCCUGCAGUCGAAGAGCGUGCUGGACCCGCCGCGUCUGGCGCGCACUUUGCCCCGGAUGCAUCUGGCGGAGGGGGUGGAUGAGACGGAG